GGCGCUCGGGGCGCCAUGGCCUCGGAGUCGGUGAAGGUAGUGGUGCGCUGCCGACCCAUGAACCAGCGGGAGCGCGAGCUGAGCUGCCAGUCAGUGGUGACGGUGGACUCCGCACGCGGCCAGUGCUUCAUCCAGAACCCGGGAGCGGCCGACGAGCCCCCGAAGCAGUUCACCUUCGAUGGCGCCUACUACAUGGACCACUUCACCGAGCAGAUCUACAAUGAGAUCGCUUACCCGCUGGUGGAGGGUGUCACUGAGGGCUACAAUGGUACCAUUUUUGCAUAUGGCCAGACAGGCAGUGGGAAGUCCUUCACCAUGCAGGGCCUGCCGGAUCCCCCCUGCCAGAGAGGCAUCAUUCCCAGAGCCUUCGAGCAUGUAUUUGAGAGUGUUCAGUGCGCAGAAAACACCAAGUUCCUAGUCCGGGCUUCCUACCUGGAGAUCUACAAUGAAGAUGUCCGUGACCUUCUGGGUGCCGACACCAAGCAGAAGCUGGAGCUGAAGGAGCACCCCGAGAAGGGUGUGUACGUCAAGGGGCUGUCCAUGCACACGGUACACAGUGUGGCCCAGUGUGAGCGCGUCAUGGAGACUGGCUGGAAGAACCGGGCCGUUGGCUACACCCUGAUGAAUAAGGACUCCUCUCGCUCCCACUCCAUCUUCACCAUCAGCAUCGAGAUCUAUGCCGUGGAUGAGCGGGGUAAGGACCACCUCCGAGCAGGCAAGCUCAACCUGGUCGACCUGGCAGGCAGUGAGCGGCAAUCCAAGACCGGGGCCACUGGGGAAAGGCUGAAGGAGGCCACCAAGAUCAACCUGUCACUGUCAGCCCUGGGCAAUGUCAUCUCGGCCCUGGUGGAUGGACGUUGCAAGCAUAUCCCUUACCGGGAUUCCAAGCUGACCAGACUGCUGCAGGACUCCCUGGGCGGCAACACCAAGACUCUGAUGGUGGCCUGCCUGUCUCCCGCUGACAACAAUUAUGACGAGACCCUCAGCACACUGCGCUACGCCAACCGGGCCAAGAAUAUCAAGAACAAGCCACGCAUUAACGAGGAUCCCAAGGAUGCCCUGCUUCGGGAGUACCAGGAAGAGAUCAAGAGGCUGAAGGCCAUCCUGGCCCAGCAGAUGGGUCCUGGCAACCUGUCAGCCCUGCUGUCCUCUCAGACACCCGUGGGCCCUGUCCAGCCUGAAGAGAAGGUGCUGUCCCCCACUGUUGUCCAGCAGGACACAGAGGCUGAGAAGCAGCUGAUCCGGGAGGAGUAUGAGGAGCGCCUGGCCCGCCUGAAGGCUGACUACGAGGCGGAGCAAGAGUCUCGGGUCAAGCUGCAGGAGGACAUCACUGCCAUGCGCAACUCGUACGACGUGAAGCUGUCCACGCUGGAGGAGAAUCUGCGCAAGGAGAAGGAAACAGAGGCGGUCCUCAAGGCAGAAGUCCUCUAUAAGACAGAGGUCAUGUCCAGGGCCGAGUUAGCCAACGGCUCCGAGUACUCCCCUGCUUUGCAGUACGACACGGCAGUGAAGCCCACCAUCCUCUCCAUGCCUGAAACGCUGCCCAGCGACGAAGUCGCCAAGAGCCAAGCCUCCCUCCCAUUUGAGGAACUGCCCCGGGUGGAGCCCCCCAGGUCAGAGAUCUCUUUGGAGUCCAAUGAGCCAUCCAUCCUUGAAGACUCCUCCAUGUCAGAGGCCUUCCCCAGACCAGAGGAGCUUUCCAAUGUGGAAUUCUCCAUGCCUGAAGGGCUGGCUGAGGGCAGGUACUUCUCUGAUGAGUACCUCGGCCCGGAGGCUGCUGCAUCUCCACUGGGGGACGAGCCACCACUGGAGCCCCCCCUGCGGAUGUUAACAGGCCUGCGGGACCCCUUUGCUGAUGUGGAGGCAGACGCCCCCCCGGCCCCCAAGCAGCAGCCAUCCUCCAGGGACCUGCUGGAGCCCAGUGACACCAAGUCGGAAGUUGAGGUGGCUGACAGUCUCCUGCUUGGGACUGAGCCUGAUCUAGGCUUGAAAGCGGCCCAGGAGGCGGCGUCGGAGGCAGAGACUGGUGUGUGGAUGGAGUCUGAAGCCCACGUGGCCCCGGUGGCCGAGGUGGCCCAGUCUCAGCCCUUGCUGGCCAUGGCAAGCAUGAGAAGGGAGAGCGUGGGCGUGGAAGUGGGUGUGUUGACUGACGAGCUUCAGCCAGUGGAUCAACAGCGGGUGCUGGCUCGCUUGCAGUUGCUGGAGCAGCAGGUGGUUGGGGGUGAGCAGGCCAAGAACAAGGACCUGAAGGAGAAGCACAAGCGGCGCAAGCGCUACGCCGACGAGCGCAAAAAGCAGCUGGUGGCCGCGCUGCAGAACUCGGACGAGGACAGCGGCGACUGGAUGCUUCUCAACGUCUACGACUCCAUCCAGGAGGAAGUGAGGGCCAAGAGCAAGCUGCUGGAGAAGAUGCAGAGGAAGCUCCGGGCCGCCGAGGUAGAAAUCAAGGACCUGCAGUCAGAGUUCCAGCUGGAGAAGAUCGAUUACCUGGCCACCAUCCGCAGGCAGGAGCGGGACUUCAUGCUCUUCCAGCAGCUCCUGGAGCAGGUGCAGCCGCUCAUCCGCAGGGACUGUAACUAUAGCAACCUGGAGAAGAUAAGGCGGGAGUCGAGCUGGGAUGAGGAUAACGGCUUCUGGAAGAUCCCGGAUCCCAUCAUCCUGAAAACCAGCCUCCCAGUAGCAGUUUCAACUGGGCCACAGAACAAGACAGCCCGCAAAACCUCUGCAGCAGACAGUGGCGAGCCACACAUGCAGGAGGAAGACCGGUAUAAGCUGAUGCUCAGUAGAAGUGACAGUGAGAAUAUUGCUAGCAAUUACUUCCGGUCGAAGCGAGCCAGCCAGAUCCUCAGCACGGACCCCAUGAAGAGCCUGAGUGCUGGCCUCUCCGGCUGGAAGAUGAAGAUGGAUCCCCGCUUCGCCGUCCGUGCCUGGCCCCUCUGCGGGCUGCUGCUGGCUGCGCUCGGCUCCGUCUGCGCCAGCGGCCCCCGCACUCUCGUGCUGCUGGACAACCUCAACGUGCGGGACACGCACUCGCUGUUCUUCCGCAGCCUGAAGGACCGAGGCUUUGAGCUCACCUUUAAGACCGCGGACGACCCCAGUCUGUCCCUCAUUAAGUACGGGGAGUUUCUCUAUGACAACCUCAUCAUCUUUUCCCCGUCGGUGGAAGAUUUUGGAGGCAACAUCAACGUAGAGACCAUCAGUGCCUUCAUAGAUGGCGGCGGCAGUGUUUUGGUGGCUGCCAGCUCUGACAUUGGUGACCCUCUUCGGGAGCUGGGCAGUGAGUGUGGGAUUGAAUUUGAUGAAGAGAAAACAGCUGUCAUUGACCACCACAAUUACGAUGUCUCAGACCUUGGCCAGCAUACGCUCAUUGUGGCUGACACCGAGAACCUGCUGAAGGCCCCAACCAUCGUUGGGAAGUCAUCUCCAAACCCCAUUCUCUUCCGAGGAGUUGGAAUGGUGGCAGACCCUGACAAUCCCUUAGUUUUGGACAUCCUAACAGGCUCUUCAACCUCUUACUCCUUCUUCCCAGACAAGCCCAUCACCCAGUACCCGCACGCGGUGGGGAAGAACACCCUGCUGAUCGCCGGGCUCCAAGCCAGAAACAAUGCCCGGGUCAUCUUCAGUGGCUCCCUGGAUUUCUUCAGCGAUGCCUUCUUUAACUCAGCAGUGCAGAAGGCCACACCUGGUGCCCAGAGGUAUUCUCAGACAGGCAACUAUGAGCUAGCUGUGGCUCUCUCCCGCUGGGUGUUCAAGGAGGAGGGCGUCCUCCGAGUGGGGCCUGUGUCCCAUCACCGAGUGGGUGAGACAGCCCCUCCUAACGCCUACACUGUCACUGACCUGGUGGAGUACAGCAUCGUGAUCGAGCAGCUCUCCAACGGCAAGUGGGUCCCCUUUGAUGGAGACGACAUUCAGCUGGAGUUCGUGCGCAUUGACCCCUUCGUGAGGACCUUCUUAAAGAGGAAAGGCGGCAAGUACAGUGUCCAGUUCAAGCUGCCUGAUGUGUAUGGUGUAUUCCAGUUUAAAGUGGACUACAACCGGCUGGGCUACACACACCUGUACUCGUCUACCCAGGUGUCGGUGAGGCCCCUCCAGCACACACAGUAUGAGCGUUUCAUCCCCUCGGCCUACCCCUACUAUGCCAGUGCCUUCUCCAUGAUGGCUGGGCUCUUCAUCUUCAGCAUCGUCUUCUUGCACAUGAAGGAAAAGGAGAAGUCUGACUGAGCCAGAACCUGGGGCUCCAUACAGCAGGGAGACAGGCAGAUGAUUUCACUGGAAUGCAUUGGCUGCAUUUUGUUUUGUUUUGUUUUUUAAAGGCCAUGGGAAAAUGGCACAGCCUUACCUCAGUGGGUGAUGACUAUGGGGUGGGGGCCAGGAACAUUUUUUUCUGUUAACUUUUCCCACUUUGAAUCACUCUGUGGCGUUUUUCACGUGUGCAGCCACCCUGUUUCUAAAUAAAGAGAACCACUGCCCUCACUUCACCUGGCCCCAUCACACUUGAAGGCUGAGCUGCUUUCUAGGUAGCAUGCCAGGGACUGCUUGUCUUCCAGCUCUCAGAGGGAAGGGGGGGUCACAGAGUGAAACUUGACUGGCAGUGCUGUACUAAGACUUGACGCUGGAAAGACCCUUGAGGGACUGCAAAGAUGACUUGGUUAAGAGCAGUGAUUCCUCUUACAGAGGACCCAAGUUCAAGUCCCAGCACCCACAUGGCAGCUCACAACCGUCUGUAACUCCAGUCCUAGGAGAUCUGAUGCCUUUUUCUGGCCUCCCAGGUCACCAGCAUUCACGUGGUGCAUUGUAUGUGCAGGCAAAACACCAUAUGCAUAAAAUAAAAAUCCUGAGUUUAUGUUGACUGGC